GGCGGGGCUACAACAUAUCCGUGCCAAGUAGUGCCGUUUGUGAGCUCCUCAACAGAUGGCGGCGGCGGCGGGGAGUACAUCCAGCACGUAUCCGUCGGGGUGGAGACACUGAUGGGGCAGUCCGGGUCAGCGGCCAGAGCUGGUUGUCUUGUGAGGAGCGCGGACAAGGCCUGCUCAGUCUGACCUCAUUGAGAAUUUCUCGCCUACACUCUUGGAUUUUUCUUUUCUUUUUUUUACCUCGGUUUCCUGCUGGAGGCCGCAGAAGCCUCGGGCUAGAUUUGGCUUACACGUCGAACCGGGUGCGGGAAGACGUCUGUGGGCUUGUUCGGGGAAAAGUCUCUUGAAAUGUAUUUUCCAGGAUUUGGUGGUUUGUGGUCGUAACGUAUUUAUUUUGUAGAGUCAGUGGUGUUUUACACGAGAGCAAAAAGUGACAUUUAAAAACAAAAAAGGAAAAGUUAACGACACGAGCUAACUAGUUAGCUAUAGCGCUAGCGGCGGAAAUGUUGAAUGAAUGAAGUGGCGACGAGCUGCAUUUUAACCGCUUGUUAAAACGUCGGUUAAUACAUAAAACCACAUUUGUUUUGUACUACGGGGUGAGCCUGCCUGGCCGGUUCUUCUUCUGACUGUCAACACUACAUAGCUAACCCACAAAUGGACAGGAAUGCGGCUCCCGGGAGUUGCUGGUGGACAGCGGCGAUUUAGCACGGAGAGCUAGCGCUGUGCUAACACCUGCUAUAGCCCGGUAAUGUUUAUGAGGCUGGGGGCAGCUAACUCGAGCUAGCCGCCGAUAUAUGCACUACUUGGACUCGGCUGCUGCUGAGAUAGUGUGAGGAAGCUUUCUUUUUUCUUUCUUUCUUUUUUUUUUUUGGUGGGAGGGAAUGGGGAAUACGGUGACAUGCUGCGUCUCUCCCGAGUCCAGCCCCAAACUCCCCUCGAGACAGCCGGCGGAGCGGCUGGAGGAGUUCCAGACCAGCACCGAAGUGAGCGACGACAACACCGUGCCCUACCUGCAGCACAUCAGCGACAGAGAGGUCCCCGAUGAACUGGCCCCGGAGUCUAACCCGUCGGACCACGCCCGAGCCAGCACCAUCUUCCUCAGCAAGUCCCAGACAGACGUACGAGACAAGAGGAAAAGCAACCACAUAAAUCAUAUCAGCCACGUGUCUCCUGGUCCACUGUCAAAGAAAUACAGCUCCUGUUCCACAAUCUUCAUAGACGACAACACCGUCAGCCAGCCAAACCUCAAAAGCACAAUCAAAUGUGUCACGUUAGCAAUAUACUACCACAUCAAAAACAGGGACUCAGACAAGUCACUGGACAUCUUUGAUGAGAAGUUGCACCCUUUAUCAAGAGAGCCAGUGCCAGAUGACUACUCCCGUGUAGACCCAGAACACAAACUGAUCUACCGCUUUGUCAGAACACUCUUCAGCGCUGCACAGCUCACUGCAGAAUGUGCCAUCGUCACUCUGGUUUAUUUGGAACGCCUGCUGACUUACGCCGAGCUGGAUAUCUGCCCCGCCAACUGGAAGCGUAUUGUCCUGGGAGCCAUCCUGUUGGCUUCCAAAGUCUGGGAUGACCAGGCUGUGUGGAAUGUCGACUACUGCCAGAUUCUUAAAGACAUCACUGUGGAGGACAUGAAUGAGAUGGAGCGCCACUUCCUGGAACUUCUCCAGUUCAAUAUCAACGUGCCAGCCAGUGUCUAUGCCAAGUACUACUUUGAUCUGCGGCAGCUGGCCGAUGACAACAACCUCAACUUCCCUCUGGAGCCUCUCAACAACCAGCGCGCCCAGAAACUAGAGGCCAUCUCAAGACUAUGUGAGGACAAGUACAAGGACCUGAGUCGAGCAGCCAUGAGACGGUCCUUCAGCGCAGACAACCUGAUCGGUAUACGACACUCCAACGCCGUGCUGUCGUAGGUCAGACCGCCACUGUCUGAUUUCCAAAGUCCAGCUGGCCCACCGGCUCGUCACAGGGUCGACACAGCCACAUCAGCCAGUAUUCAGCCUCGAAAUGCUGCAGUAUGAUGCACGGUGAUUAGCAUUACGGCUGUAGAGCUGCGUGAUUGUCAAAUUUAAACUUGAAAUCCAGGGGUUUACCUAAAACUUCACCACACGACUAUUGUUUUUAUGAAACCCUUAUUUAUUUUGUACUUGUCCUUCCUAUUUCCAGGACAAAGUGUUAGGUAGGAAUUGAUCUACUGCAGUUGUAUCUGAGGUGUGGUCUUUGGAAAAAUAUUUCAAGUCCAUUCAGCCUUUAAAAAAUGCUGGUGAUGCUAUAUUUUAGUUGUUGUCACCAAAUCCCAGAAACAAAACCAAGAAGAUAUUAGUCUGUACUUGGCUGCCCCAAACCUCUACUGAAGAAUAUUUAAUAUGGGUCACAUAUUAUUAAAUCGCAUAAACGGUGAAAUUCAUCUUCAGUAAGUUUCUCAAACAACUGUCGCUUUUAUCAAAGAGGAGGAAAUAGAGCCUUUGUUUGGGACUAUUUUAAGCAGUGGCUGAAUCCACAUUUGGUGCUCCUAGUGAGUAUUUACAGCAGCAAGAGUAUGUGUGAUGGACAAGUGUGUACUGUACACGACUACUACGGUGCAUGUGUGUGUUGUAAUGAAGGAACAGUGUGUCUCACUGACGUGUUUUUAAUAUGGAACAGGAAAAAUCUAAAUCAGCCAGACAACGCUCAUUAGUCGGAUCAGUUCAUCGUUGGAUUUGAUCUUUUCGUGGGAUUUGUUGACAGUAAGGAAAUCAGAAAUAUUAGCAGACGUGUUCUUUUAAACGGGCACAUCUCAUGGAAUGCAACAGCUGUUUCUUUUAAAUUCGAGUUAAUACCAACAGAUCUAUAAUAAAGACGCUCUGAACUCUGUACUGGAGUUGGCUGAAGUUGUAGCUCCUGCGGAAUCGGGAGAACCAACCCAAGAUCACUUUCACUUUUCAGAUACACGUCAGGAGACUUCACAUUUUAGAUCCUGGAUCAGUAUUGCCAGUUAUGUUAUUGUAUUUGUGCCCUUGAAAUUCUGCCAUCCUGACCCGCGCCUCAGAGAAGCCGUCAGAUCACCCCAGAAGCCCUCUCAACCAGAGCUUUUGAACAAACUACAUAGAUACUGAGGGGAAGAAGAGACUGAUGGACACUCCCCUACUUUUUGCUUACUAUGUAGGCUACUAGCUGUGAAAUUUGUCUUUGUUUUUAAUUGAAAGAAACAUUUGCAGAUGGAGUAUUUUAAAUAAACACUAAUCAUGUAACAAAGACA